UGUGAAGAGUGAAGAUGUUAAAGUGGAAGCUCAUUCCUUGCAACCUAAUCACAGAAAAACUGAACAGAUGGAGACAGGAGGUGAUGGACAGGACUGUGGAGGACCAGAACCAGACCGCAACUCGGGUCCAGCCAGUCCUCCAGAUACUGAUAAGAAAACUGCAGACUCUUCUGAGACUGAGGACAGUGGUGAUUGGAAUGAGACCAGAGAACCUCUGUCUGGUGAAGAGUUUGUCAGUGAUUCUAGAUGUAGAACAAGUGAGAAACCUUUGAUCUGUUCUGAAUGUAAGAAAACAUUUGGUUGCAUUCAGAAGCUGAGGAAACACAUGAUGACCCACACAUCAGAGAAACCUUUCAGCUGCUCACAGUGUGGUAAAUGUUUCACCCAAAGGGGAAAUCUAAAAAUACACGAGAGAUUGCACACAAGGGAGAAACCUUUCAGCUGCUCAGAUUGUGGUAAAUGUUUCACUAUGAGUCACAAUCUAAAGAGUCACAUGAGAUUGCACACAGGGGAGAAACCUUUCAGUUGCUCAGAUUGUGGUAAAUGUUUCGCUAAAAGUCAAUAUCUAAAGAGUCACAUGAGAUUGCACACAGGGGAGAAACCUUUCAGCUGCUCACAGUGUGGUAAAUGUUUCGCUAAAAGUCAAUAUCUAAAGAGUCACAUGAGAUUGCACACAGGGGAGAAACCUUUCAGCUGCUCACAAUGUGGUAAAUGUUUCACUGAUAGUGGAUUGCUGAAGAAACACAUGUUUUGUCAUACAGGGGAGAAACCUUUCAGCUGCUCAGAUUGUGGUAGAGGUUUCACUACAAAUGGAGAUCUAAAGACACACAUGCGACGUCACACAGGGGAGAAACCUUUCAGCUGCUCACAGUGUGGUAAAUGUUUCACCCAAAGGGUAAGUCUAAAGAGACAUAUGAGAUGUCACACAGGGGAGAAACCUUUCAGCUGCUCAGAUUGUGGUAAAUGUUUCACUGAUAGUGGAUCGCUGAAGAACCACAUGUUUUGUCAUACAGGGGAGAAACCUUUCAGCUGCUCAGAUUGUGGUAAAUGUUUCACCCAAAGGGGACAUCUAAAUGUACACAUGAGAUGUCACACAGGGGAGAAACCUUUCAGCUGCUCAGAUUGUGGUAAAGGUUUCGCUACAACUGGAGAUCUAAAGUCACACAUGCGACGUCACACAGGAGAGAAACCUUUCAGCUGCUCACAGUGUGGUAAAGGUUUCGCUACAACUGGAGAUCUAAAGUCACACAUGCGACGUCACACAGGAGAGAAACCUUUCAGCUGCUCACAGUGUGGUAAAUGUUUCACCCAAAGAGCAAAUCUAAAAAUACACAUAAGAUAUCACACAGGAGAGAAACCUUUCAGCUGCUCACAGUGUGGUAAAUGUUUCACCCAAAGAGGAAAUCUAAAAAUACACAUAAGAUAUCACACAGGGGAGAAACCUUUCAAUUCCUCAGAGUGUGGUUAAGGUUUCACUAGAAUAUAUUUGAAGCUACUCUUCAUGUUCACAAUUACAACCAACUAUCUAAGAAUUCUUUACAGGGAUUUAUUGGGACGACACUCUUGUUUGGUUUUUCCUAUGCUCCCGAGGGUUUUGUGUCACAGGAUGUCACGUGUGAUAUACAAAAUGAAAUUAAUUUAAAUAUCUUCUGACAGAUGGUCAGAAGUUUAUAUUCCAAGAACAAAACGUUCUUGUCAGUCACACACAAACUAUAAACUAUGUGUAGGAGCCGCAUUUAUGUUUUUGUAUUUUGAAUGAUUUAUAUAUAUUUCUUUCCUCUUUUGUGGAAUCGCAAGUGUGCGCCCUCUGUAGGUGGUGACGGCGCCACCCUUGAAAGGACCAAAGGACACGCAUGUCGGGAGGAAGGCGGGCGCAAAUACCUUCAUUGACCUCAGGGCUGAGGCUGUGAAAUAGGCUGUCUCCGUUUUGGGCCCGUUCAGUUUGUCAUAGUGAUUUUGUUUUGUGACGACCUUUUUUUGUACAAUAAACCGGCAACAUUGAUGGUCAAACUCCCCUUUUCAUUUGAAUUAUUGGACAGAACUGCGAGUCUUGACAUUGCUUUCCUGCUUUCCUCAUGGUGGUAAAAUCAACAAGAACACAGGAAUAGGAUCUAAGGGUUUAAAGGAAAAAACUCAACUGUUUUUGCCACUACACUAUGCUAAGCUAUUAAUUCAUUGGAAAGGUGU